GGGAGGCAGAGGGAAAGAGGGAGAGUUAGAGAGAAAGCUAACGGAGGUGAACAAUGGCUGCUUCCUUUGCCUUGACUUCCGCAAGCUUAGCUUCUAUUCGUUGCGUACCAGGGAACGGGUAUUCCAAGAGGUUGCAGUUUGUUAGUCUGACCUCAAAUUUGACGUCAACCAGUCUGAGGGGUACUUGCUUUGCUCUGAAACGAGAGGAUGGCACUAGUACUUUGCCAAUAAGUGGUGAAGAUGGCAUUCUUUCUUAUUCAAAAACCGGUUCAUUAAUAGAUCAAUUCAAUUCUGUUAUUGCUGAAACUGAGAAUAAUCUAUUAUCCAAUACCAAGCUUCAGCCAGAUGCCUUAUCACUUGGUGCCGUUGCCACUGGCAUGGCUCAUGCAACUGAGGAGUUUUUUGCUGAGAAUGGUGAGCUUGAUCUGGAUUGUUCAACAGAAGGGUUUUCUUCCAUUCAAGAGGCUAUUGAAGACAUCCGUCAAGGCAAGUAUGUGAUUGUUGUCGAUGAUGAAGAUAGAGAGAAUGAGGGGGAUAUCAUAAUGGCUGCAUCAUUAGUCACACCUGAUGCUAUGGCUUUUAUUGUAAGGCAUGGCACUGGAAUUGUUUGUGUGAGCAUGAAGGGAGAGGACCUUAACAGAUUACAACUUCCCUUGAUGGUUUCAUCAGAGGAAAAUGAAGAGAAACUUCGGACAGCAUUCACCAUAAGUGUGGAUGCUAAAGAAGGGACAACUACUGGAGUUUCUGCCAUAGAUAGGGCUAAUACAAUCUUGAGUCUAGCCUCUCCUACCUCAAAACCUGAGGACUUCAAUCGACCAGGGCAUAUUUUUCCUUUGAAAUACAAGGAAGGGGGUGUUCUAAAGAGAGCUGGGCACACAGAAGCCUCUGUUGACCUUGCUACACUGGCUGGUUUGCCCCCUGUUGCAGUUUUAUGUGAGAUUGUGGACGAUGAUGAUGGUUCAAUGGCUCGUUUACCCAAGCUCCGUGAAUUUGCGAAGAGAGAGGGCUUGAAAAUAAUCUCAAUUGCUGACUUGAUCAGGUAUAGAAGGAAGAGAGAUAAAUUGGUGGAGCGUGCUUCAGUUGCACGCUUACCUUUGAAAUGGGGUUCUGUGAGCGCUUAUUGCUACCGAUCAGUGCUUGAUGGCAUUGAGCAUAUUGCCAUGGUUAAAGGUGACAUUGGAGAUGGACAAGAUGUCCUAGUGAGGGUGCAUUCUGAAUGCCUCACAGGUGACAUUUUUGGAUCAGCUAGAUGUGAUUGUGGAAAUCAGUUGGCUCUGGCGAUGGAAAUGAUUGAGAAGGCUGGCAGGGGUGUGUUAGUUUAUCUGCGUGGACAUGAGGGAAGGGGCAUUGGGUUGGGCCACAAGCUCCGGGCAUACAACUUACAGGAUGCUGGACGUGAUACAGUUGAGGCCAAUGAGGAAUUAGGCUUGCCCGUGGACUCACGUGAAUACGGUAUUGGUGCACAGAUUCUACGUGAUCUUGGAGUGCGUUCCAUGAAACUCAUGACAAACAACCCUGCGAAGUAUACCGGACUCAAAGGCUAUGGGUUGAGAGUGAUUGCUAGAGUUCCUUUACUAACUCCAAUUACAAAGGAAAACAAAAGAUAUUUGGAGACAAAAAGAGCCAAGAUGGGGCAUAUCUAUGGUUCUGAAUUCAAUGGCCGGUUAACUAGUCUUGUAGAGCACAUCGGCACAGAUGAAGAACAACAAACCUCCUAAUGUGUAUUUUCUGGUAUGAAUUACUGAAGUUUCCUUGGCUGAUAAACCUGAGUUCAUUUCUUCAUCCAUAUCACAUUCUUCAAUUUGAAUCUACAAUGACUUGAUAUCCAAUUUUUUCGAUUAGUUUUAAGUGGUACAUUGAUAUUAAGGGCUGGUUAGGAUGAGGUAUAUACCUGUGCCAGGUGAUGAUUUUAUUAUUUUUCAUUAACUUGAUGAAACUGAAAAUUUUGUCACAUUAUCAAGGAAAGGAUGGUCUUAUGAUGUUUAUAUUUUGCUUAUCUUUGUACCCUCUCCAGUUCUGAUGCUUUAUCAGUUAAUGUAAAAUGAAUUCAGAUAUUUCUAAAAAUGAU